AUGGAAUGGAAAUGUCAUGAAAUAUCACCAUAUCUUCAAGAUGAACACUUUGAAGCUGGUUCAACAAGAAUCACUGAAGUUUUACAGAGACCUUCGAUUUCAAGCAACAAGAAAAUGAUGAUCACCGAAAAUGAUAUGAGCUUAAACUUACCAAAUUUGAUUACAACAAUAUAUUUUUAUUGCUAUUUGCUAUUACACACUACUAUAGCAUCUUUAGUUAUUUGUGCAGAUGGAGGUGCAAAUAGAUUAUAUAAAUUCUGUGAACAAAGAGAUACAUUGGAUUACUUUAUUCCCGACUUUAUCAAGGGUGAUUGUGACUCUGUCGAUCAGGCAGUACACGAGUACUACACAAAGAAAGGUGUUCCUAUCAUCACCGAUCCAUCGCAAGACUCUACUGACUUGAUGAAAGCAAUUGAAAUUGUAAGAGAUAUGGAACAACAACAUGAAAUCACUUUUAAUAAUAUCUUUGUAAGUGGUGGACUUGGUGGAGGAGUUCACUGCUCAGUAGUACCCAUUGAAACUGUCAAAGAGGUUACGACCACUGGUUUACGUUGGAAUUUGGACCGUCAUGAAAUGAAAUUCGGUGCAAUGGUCAGCACUUCAAACAUCACCUUAGACGAUAUUACAACAAUCAAAACAACUGGAAUUUUAAUUUUUAUCGUUGAUCUUAUUCAUUAG